AUGAGCAAAGAGCAGGAUCACGUCCCGUCUAAACAAGACAAUGAAAGCCCCGAGGCCCAUCAAUACCAGGCGGGUUCCAGCACAGAUCGCCCGGAGGAUGAGUGGAAACACCGCGAGCCCUACCGGAUUCACGACAACAACAACGAGGAUUUCCCUGUCAAGUGGGAAGGGCAGUGCCACUGUGGCAAAGUCACAUAUCAAUUGAGUCGAGACAAGCCCCUGGCGGCCAAAUACUGCCAUUGCACGACGUGUCAGAGGUUACAUGGAGCACCCUUUCAAUGGGCCGCCAUCUUCCACAAAUCCGACAUCAACUUCACAAACGGCCACCACGACCUGGGCUGGUACGAUCCCUCGGCCAAGUCCACCACCCACCACCUCCCGUGUAAGGUCUCGUGUGCCUAUUGCCGUGCUCCCAUCAUGGACGAAGGACGCAACAUGAUCCUCUUGUUUCCCCCGCUCAUCAAGGACAUCAACACCCCCGCCGGCCGGGAGGCGUUUAGGCCAACCUGCCACAUGUUCUACCCGCAGCGGGUGGCGAGCUUCAAGGGAGAUGGGAUCGUGAAAUGGAAGGGGCUGGACAAUCAAAGUGAUUUGCUGGACGACGACGAGAAUGUUCUGGUGAAGUGGGAGGAGGACAUGGACGACAAAAAGAUGGAGCAGAAGAAGAGGGACUUUCUCGAGUUCACGCAGCGCGAGGAGGUCAAGCGAGUGAAGAAGUCAGACGGAUGA